AUGUUAGAAGUAAUCCCGAUCCAAGGAAGCCCCAAAAGAGCUUCCCAAGCAGUUAAAAGGAAGUACAAUAAAGACAAUAUUUUCAAGCGCCAAAAGAGGCUCAAGAGCAAGAUUGAUGGAGGUAUUUAUAUGAAAAGAACGCACUCUUACAUGUCUUCUCAUAAGGAAACGUCUGAUCACGGCAAUGAAAUCUCUCACCUUCCGGACUUUAUAUUUAAGAUUAUCAAGCUCAAGAAUUUUAUUAAUAGCAGCGCUAAUGUUAAGUCCAACGGAGAGAGGAACGAGGAACUAUGGUCUCUACUUAUGAGUGGCCAUAAGAAGACUAAACAUCGCAACUCUAAAAAUAUCUUAACAUCAAGAGAGUAUCUCAGAAUGGCUUCUAAGAAAAUCUAUGACCGUAGCGUUAUUUGCCCAACUGAGGAUAGAAAUUAUGCCCUAAAGAAAGGAAUUGAUAAUUUAAAAUAAUCAUGUUAAGGUGUUCGAUCAAUUUCUCAGAAAUCUUGACCAAAAUGUAUCAGGUAGUUUAAAUAGAACCUCAAAGGCAAAAAAGAAGAAGAUGUAUUCCUCGUCAAAAGUGAUCCCAAAACCUCGCAAUCAGCAGCUUGGCUUGAGAACUCCUAGUUUUAAAAGCUUUUCGGCAGAUUCUUAUUUGAUUGGUGAUGACAAUCACACAGUGUCUCUGACGAGAAAGACAGGUAGUUACAGAUUCAACAAAGAUUGCUCAAACAAUGAUGGGAGUCCUACCAUGAGGAACAUAAAGAUUGACUCAAAACGGAAGUUUAACCGCCAUUCAACGAUGAGAAAGCUUGCUACCAUGAACUUUAAAUAAAAAAGUCGAGACUCCCAAGAUCAACAUCAUCAGCGUUGAGUCCUUCGGAGAGGAUCUUAAAUUCAGCUCCUCCAUUGAGAAGACAAAAGAGAAUCAAGCUCUACCUCGAAGGAGUAAACUUGUUCCUUUGGAGCUUAUUGAGAAGGCUACUCCUCAACCAAAAAAGGAGAAGGUACAAGAAAAUAAGCCUAGAAAUGAGUUAGUAAAACCUGAAUUCAACACUCCUUUCAAGACUACUAAAUAAAAGGGCGCUUUGUGAAAGGAAAAAACAAUUUCAUUCUAAGUGUAGAAAAGAAAUUAAAUAGAUUUGAUAAAAUAUUAGAACUCAAAAAGAAUCAUAGCCAAGAUUUUACUCAUGAAGAGAAGACAGACCAAGAGAUUAGAGAUCGUACUGAAAUGAUCCAGAGAGUUAUUACAAAGGACAUGACUAGCAGUAUAGAACAUGAUAUUAGCAUCAGAGAUUCAAAAGUUGACCGAUCCAUUCAAAAUUUUAAUAGGAUUUAUAAAAAUCAUUCUCCUGUUAAAUUAUACCAAACAAACUAUAGUCAGAAAAUGAGGAACAGGACUCCAAAGUUGAGCCUCUCAUCAUAUAAAUCAUAUGAAGGACCUGGACUAAAACCACUUAAAUCUAAAUCAAAAGUUGCUGAAUUUAUCAACCACUUUUAUACAAAAGGAAGAGCAGCAAAUAACAGAUUUCGAUCAUAUCAAAAUCUCCCAAAGAGGAGACUAAACGCAGCUUCACCAGAAGUGCAACUCACAAAUAAAUUUCCAAAACUAAUGGACUCAGAAUGAAAGCAAAGUAACGUUCAGAAUAAAGCCCUUUUACUGAAUAAGAGCCAUAUCCACUCUAAUGCCUCCAUUGGAGGCAUUAGCGCUCUGCUGAAUGCCUUCAGUCCGAUAAAGGAAAGGGAUAUGAAAUUUAGGCGUAAAUGAGUAAGGCCAUUGUUUACUAAAACAUAACUCAAUAAUA